CGCGGCACGCGGGUGCCCACGCGUUCUAGGAGUAGUGAUGACGUCCAUCUUGCCAACUGAGUCCUACUCGUCGGGAAAAGAAAAAGAAAAAUGUCUACCCCCGUUUCAUUCAUUGAGAUCCUCCAGAACACCCUCUCGACCGACAUCAACCUCCGGACACAGGCGACCGAGUUCCUCACCAACGCCCAGAAUGAGAACUUCGCCGGUCUGCUCCGGGAGCUGAUCGAUGUCCUCUUCAACGAGGCCAACUCGGCGGAUGUGCGCCGUGUGGCCGGCCUGUUCGCCAAGAACAGCCUGACCGCCACCGCGGACGACAUCCGCACCGAGAUCCUCAACAAGUGGCAGCAGGUCCCGGUGGAGAGCCGCAACGAGAUCCUCUCCAUCGCCCUGAACGCCCUCGGCACCACCACCCCGCAGGUCGGCUCGGUUGUUGCCCAGCUGGUCGCCGCGAUUGAGGACCUCCAGGCGCGCGUGUUCAACAGCGUCUGCCUCCUGCCGCAGAUCCUCGGCCUGCUGGAAAGCCAGACCAACCUUACCAUGAGCAUCCGGCUCAACUGCCUCGAGGCCAUGUCCUUCAUCUGUGAGCUGCUGAACCCCAACAUGCUCUACGAGUUCUCCUCGCGCAUCCUCAAUGUCCUGUUCGGUGUCCUCAACUCUUCGGAGACCGACAUGCGCAGCUACCAGAAGGCCAUCUCCGCGCUGAACAAUGUCCUGCGUAUCUGCCGGACCAACUUCGACAACCCGGCCGAGUGCGGCGCCAUCAUGGCCGUCAUCCUCAAGGGUGUCACCUCGGCCGAUCAGAACCUCCAGGUCCAGUCGCUGCAGUGCCUGAUCAGCGUCGUGUCCAUGUACUACAACGUCAUGAACGAGUAUAUGGCCUCCAUCCUGGAUUCCACCAUCCACAUCAUGAAGGGCCAGGACGACGACGUCAUCCUCCAGAGCGUGGAGCUUUGGUCGACUCUGGCGGACGAGGAGAUCCAGCUGCGCAUGGAGCAUGAGGAGGCGCGCGCCCUCGGCCAAGACCACCCCGGGAUGGUGGUGUACAACUUCGUGCAGGCCGCCCUCGGGAAGCUGAUCCCGGCCCUGUAUGACCUGCUCAUGCGGCAGGACGAGGACGGCGACGAGCACGAGUGGAAUGUCUCGCGCGCGGCGUCGGUCUGCCUGUCGCUGAUCGCCCGGUGCGAGCCGAACGACUGCCUCCGGCUCCUGCUGCCGCAGAUCCAGGCCGACAUCGUCAGCACCGACUGGCGUCGGCUGGACGCGGCGUUCAACGCCUUCGGCAACAUCCUCGAUGGCCCGGAUGUCUCGCAGCUGGAGACCUAUGUCAUCAGUGCGCUGCCCAUCCUGACCAACAGCAUCAACCACCCGCACACCAUUGUCCAGGACACCUCGUCCUGGGUGGUGGGCCACAUCUGCGAGCUCUUCUACACGGAGAUCGUCGCGCGCGGCCAGCUGGAGGCCAUGCUCAGCUACCUGCAGGCCGGCAUGCAGGCCCGCCCGCGCGUGGCCUCCAACUGUGCCUGGGCUCUGAUGAACCUGUGCGAGUACCUCGGUGACAACACCAUCGUCCGCCAGAAGUCCCCGCCGGUGGACAAUGCCACCGUCAUGACUCCCUUCUUCCAGCCGCUGUCGGAGGCCCUGCUCCGGGCGUCCGACCGCCAGGAUGGCGACCAGUCCAACCUUCGCGAGUACACCUACGAGGCGCUGUCCUACCUGAUUCUCUUCAUCCCGCCGAGCGACCCUCAGAUCCUGCACCAGAUCACCGAGACCAUCAUCUCUCGUCUGGAGGCCUGUGUUUCGCGCGAGGGGCUCAUCCUCAGCUCCGAGGAGCGCAACCACUUCCACAAGCUCCAGUCCUACCUGUGCAGCCUGCUGCAGUCGGUCUGCCGUCGCCUCGGCAACGCCACCUCCAACUACGCGGAUCGCAUGAUGACCUGCCUCCUGACCAUGUUCUACCACUCGAACGAGCGCCAGGUGGCCAUCCUGGAGGACGCCCUGCUGGCCGUCGGAACCAUCAUCCUGGCCGUGGAGGCCAAGUUCGAGCGGUACAUGGGCAGCUUCAGCCCCUACCUGACCGCGGCCAUCGAGACGCACCGGCAGUUCCAGCUGUGCUCGGCCGGCAUCGGUGUUCUGAGUGACCUGUGCCGUGCCCUCGGGCCGGCCUUCACCCCGUACGCCGAGCACUAUGUGGUCCUCUGUGCCAACGCCCUCCAGUCGCAGAUCAUCAACCGCUCGGUCAAGCCGCUCAUCCUGGCUGCCCUCGGUGACAUUGCCCUGGCCAUCGGCCCGAGCUUCGCCCCGCACUUCGAGACCUCCAUCAACAUCCUGCUUCAGGCCGCGGUCUUCCAGAUUUCCACGGACAACUUCGACGACGCGGACUUCAUGAACGAGCUCUUCCAGGGCGUGCUGGACGGCUUCUCCGGCAUCAUCCAGGGCUCCAACGACCCGGCCCUCCUGUCCAACAGCGUGACCCAGAUCUUCGAGUUCUGCCACCGGGUCAGCAAGAUCCACUACGAGUUCAGCUCCCUGGAGCCCGGCCUGAUCGGCCUCAUGGUGGACCUCUUCACCAUUUACCCCCCGAGCGCCUUCCCCGACAUCCGGCAGUUCUCCACCGCCCCGUGGGUGCGCAUGCUCUUCGACAACGCCCGCCGGUCGCGCGACAGCUACACCCGCGAGACUGCCUCCAUCGGCCUGAAGCUCAUCGCCUAAGAGAGGCGUCUGGAGCAUGUGCCCUCCUCCACACCUUCUUCAGAACCCGCUGCCGCCCAGCCUCGCCCUUCCCCUCCCUUCCCCCUCCUUCCACUCUCCUUCCUAUGUCCUCCUCUCUUUGUAC